UAUGACUCCAAUGCCAUGAAUGAAGACAGUCGUAGGAGCAGGGUCGAAGCUAUACAACCACUUGUGAGCCUCUUACCCAUUCUACUAAAGAAAGCUGCAUAUUAUGAACAUGUAACCACAACUGCGACGCUAGACAGAGAUUGGGAAGUAGAGAAUACUGAUCCUCAGAAGUUGCCUCAACAACCGGAUGGGGCCAGCUGCGGGUGCUACGUUAUCAAAUACGUCGAGGACAUACUGAGGCAUAAUGAGGAUCACUGGCAGAUGCACCCGACUGUGGAUGUCCGUACCCUCCGGAGACAGAUUGGAAUAUUUUUGUAUAGACAUAGUACGAUAGUACGGUAGUAUACUUGUAGAUUAAUAGAUUAGAAAAUUCUUCGUUUUGUGUUUUUAUUUUCAUCUAGUUUAAAUGUUGUAUAUAUUUUUGUAUAGGUAUAGCAAAUAGCAAAUUAUGUAUUGUUCACUUGAUGAAAUGUGGUUUGUGGUGUUGUUGAGGGUAAGGGAUAAGUGGUUGUGGUGGCAGUAUGUUGUUGGGAAGAGAGACUGAGUCUCUAAUGUUGUGAUGUUGUCAUGUUAUUCCAUUGUUGGACAUAGAGACUGAGUCUCUAAUGCAGGUAGGAUGACCAAGAAACAGGGGAGACUCUGUCGAAAUUUUUAAAUCAC